CACGAGCUCAAAGUGUGCGCAACAGGUGCCGCUGGUGUCUCGAGGAUCAGUCCCCGCGCGAGGCUGACAGUUGGAUCGGACAGCGGGAAGAAAAGUUUCCACCGACUGAAAGAAAAAAAACAAAAAACAAAAAACAACCGACAUGUCGAACCUCAGACCCAGACUGUGCGUCCUGGAGAAGGGAGCCAACGGCUACGGCUUCCACCUGCACGGAGAGAAGGGCAAGACCGGGCAGUUCAUCCGCCUGGUGGAGCCCGACACUCCCGCCGCCGUAGCCGGGCUUCUGGCGGGGGACCGACUGGUGUUCGUGAACGGGGACAGUGUGGAAGGGGAGAGCCAUCAGCAGGUGGUGGCCAGGAUACGGGCCACCGGAGACAGGGCCCUGGAGCUCAUCGUGGUGGACGCGGAAACGGCGGAGCUGCUCAACAAACACAACCUGCAGUGUAAGAAGGAGUUCGUCACGGAUGGGAUUCCCCUGCCGGCCGGGGACACCGACUCCGACCGCGGGGAGGCACACAGCAACGGCAGCCCGAGAGAGUCCACCCCGGUCCCGCGUGAGAACGGAGACGCUUCCUCGGAGAGGUCACGGAGGUCGAGUGUCAGCUCAAAGGACGAGCACGCCGGGUUCAGGCCUCGUCUCUGCCACCUAAAGAAGGGCCCCAGUGGGUACGGCUUCAACCUGCACAGCGAGAAGUCCAAACCGGGCCAGUUCAUCAGAGCCGUGGACGACGACUCCCCAGCACAGAGAUCCGGCCUCAGACCAAAGGACAAGAUCAUCCAGGUCAAUGGUGUGUCGGUGUUGGGCAUGCAACACUCUGAAGUGGUAGCAGCCAUCAAAGCCGGAGGAGAUGAAACCAAACUGCUGGUGGUCGACGCAGAAGCCGAAGAGUUCUUCAAGCGUUGCAAUGUCCAGCCCACUGAGGAGCACGUCUCUGGCCGACUUCCUGAGCCUGUUUCAGAGGGAGCAUCACAAGAAAUGGAGGCGGCAGAGGAGAUGGCGCCAAAACCAUCUGUGAGCUCAUCGGCCUCCGACGCUUCGUCCAACGCCGAGGUGAUCGUAGCAGCUCCCAUCAGCCCCCCACAGGACGAUCAGGCCCCGGAGUCGACCUCUGCAGACGACAGACUGGGCCUGGGAAUGUCCGUGGCCCAGGCCCGAGAGAGAGCCCACCAGAAACGAGCCGCCAAGAAGGCCCCGCCCAUGGCCUGGAGCAAGAGGAACGAACUGUUCAGCAACUUAUAAACGCCACGGUGACACGCCGUCGUCACCGCGAUCACCGUGAGCUCCCUGUCCUCCAGACUGGCCCUGCAGAGAGGAGCAGAUGAUCAGCCUCCUGUGGUUCUGCGAUUCUGUGCGUGAAACACAGCAUCAGCUCAUUUAGAACAUUUGAAAGUCCCAUGUUUAAACAGUGUUAUGUGAUGAUUUUAUUUGUUUUAAUUAGGGUUGAACCACCACUUUUAAUGUUGGAAUAAUGGAUGAAAUGUUAAUAUUUCACACAGGAAUGGAUGUUAAUAUAUUAAAAGAAUUGAGGGGGGAAUAGAAUGUACAGUUUCUUAUUAAAAACAAGGACCAAGCAAUGCAUUUUUUGGGCACAGUGGAAACUUUUAUCGUGAGAUUCCGUUUUAGAAUAAGCGAAAGUGCCAUUGAACUGUUGUCCUGAAAUCCUGUCUGAAUGUGAUUCGUACAAUCAGCAGCCGAAUCCCAGAACAUUCUCUACUCGGCGUCUGUGAAAGAACGUGCUCUCACUGCCAAUACCAGCAUCUGUGACCAUCUGCUUUCUGCAAAAAAAACAAACAAACUUUAUUUAAAAAAGGAAAAUCACCGGGACAAUGUUGUAAGAGCAUCUCUAUGUUAAAGUCAUGUGAAGGAGACUGAAGUUCAUUUUUGGUUUUUUUUAGAAUGGAUGAAAGCUCUGGUAGCAUCACUGAAAGAUCAUUCCUGAUUCAGUCGUGUCAUGUUGCUCCUACUAGAUUUGUACAUACAUGAAUAAAUGAUUUAAGAGCAAAUUUUAUUUUGCCUGCCCUGA